AUGGGUGCAGACUCAAAGAGGGGCGCGCCGCCACUGCCAGCUCCCACCGAGACCGACACGAACACGCCCACCGAGAUGACGUCCGACGUCUCCAAGCUGGCCGACGAGAAGUCGUCAUAUUCCAUUCCAGACGACGGCACCCCCGUCACCAUCCGCACUCGCGGCCACAGGUCAGACAAGUCCCAGACCUCGUUGCUCAUCGAAUACUUUGAGGGGGGCAGCCCGGGUGACUCGGCCUCCGGGUCCAGGGCAAGCCGCAAGCCCAGCAUCCGCGUCCGCCUGACCCCGUCCAAGAGGGGAAAGGGGGAUCACUUCCAGGUCACCGAAGGUUCCUCGUCCCGCAAGGCAUCCGUGUCCCGCCGCAUCGCCCUCGACGACGGCGGGCCGUCCACGCGGCAGAUCGAACUGCCCGACCCGGGCGAGGACUCCAACAGCCUGGCCUCGUAUGCUUCCGCCACCGAGGAGUCCAACGUGUCGAGGAACCCGAUAGACAUCGAGAUCGACCAGGGUCGCCGCCGGCGCCGCCCAGCAAGUCCCCUGAUCCCCCCCGAGAGCUACGCCGGCAUCAACCCGUCCGGGAGCUACGCCGGCGUCAACGCCUCCGACAUCUCCGCCAUCCCCGCAGACAGCUUCCUCGACGGCACCGGUCCCAGCGGGACAGACACCAGACGGGCAUCGAGCCCGUCCGCCCACGGAUCGUCGCUGACCGGUCCGGGCACCGCCUUGACGGCCGCCCCCUCGGAUCAGGUUCGCAGCGGCAAGAGGAGAGAACGGGUGAAGAUCGCCGACAGGCCCAAGGAGAGGCCGGAGCGGACCCGCCGCUCCAAGAGCAGGGCGAGCAGCAGCAGCGAGCAACCCGUCGACGAGCACCGCCCGUCGUCCAGGCACCAGCGUUCCAGCCGUGGCGUGGCGGAGUCGGCCGUCUCGGCUGGCGACUCGGCCGUCUCCGCCAACGCGGGACAGAGCCACCGCUCGUUCGACGCGCACUCCAUGCGCCCCAGCGCCUCCAACCCGCCCUCCAUCAACAACCCCAAGCUGCUGGAGACGGUCGAGGACGCCAUCCGCCGCCUGAUCCUCCCGGAGCUCAGCGCCCUCAAGCGGGAGUCCAGCCGCCGGGAGACCCGGCGCGGGUCCAUGACGUCGGUGGGCACCUCCCUCUCCAGGGAGGAAGCUGCCACGCCCGACCAACGCAGGCGCUCCUCGGGCCGCAGCUCAUCCGCCCGGCCCAGCAGCAGCGGCCGGAGGCGCAACCGCGAGGCUCGCCACGACUACGGCGACAGCUCGCCGCACACCAUCAGCCGCGAAUCGAUCCACGACGACUACCGCUACGGCGACGGCGACGACGACGACCCCGAUGCCACCACGCCCAAGCGCGCCGACGACCUCCUCAAGGCUGCCACCAGCUCGGCCACGAGCAGGGCGCUCUCCUCCGUCGACGACGAGUCUCUGCUGUCGGAGGACAGGAGACAGCGCGACAGGCGGAGGAGGCGGGCGGACGGUACCAGGAGCCGCAGCCUGGGCCGCGAGCGCUAUGCGGAGGAGCACCCGGACGAGGUGCCUGCUCCGGCGCCGCCCGUGCCCCUGAUGGGCGACCUCCACCCGUCCGAGGUGACGCGCACCUCGCUCCUCUCCCUGGACGAGGACGACCUGCCCCGCUCGGCAAGCGAGGAGAUGGCACCGGGGAGCUCCUCGCACGAAGAGGACGCGGCCGAGAGCCUGCAGCGCACCCUCGGCACCAGCCAUGCCAACGUCUCCCACGGCGACCUCAAGGCCCUCCCCCGCGGCCAGAAGGCCGAGUACGCCGACGGGUAUGAGACGGACGAGUACGGCCGCAAGAUGCCCGUGUCCGAGUACCACGGCCGAGGAUACGUCGACGACGAACACGAGAAGCCAUACUCGGAGCCGAGCAUCUACCCAGACGACGAGGGCUACGAGGACGAGUACUACAGCCGGCAGGAUGUGCCCCCUCCCCUCAAGUACGUGCCGUACCAGGCCGGUGCCCGCGGCCUGAGCCCCAUCCCGAGCGUGUCCGGCUACACCGAGGGCGGCAGCGAGGCGCAGCACCCGACGCACUCGCAGAGCAUCGACUCCAUCAACGAGGCCUACGAGAAGUCCCUCGAGCGCGGCGCCCCUCACGCCGGCUCCACCCUCUCCAGGGAGUCCACCCCGGGCAACGCGAGGGGCAGGGACGUCGACGACCACGGCCACGGCCACGGCCACGACCACGUGCCGGCCGCCGAGGCCUACAGCUUCCAGGACUCGGCCACCGGCUACCGCGACGCCAUGUACACCGACGAGAGCGAGCUCCCCAACCAGUCGUCGCUGGCCCAGUCCUCGGUCGCCAGCCACGCCGUCCGCGGCGUCGGGGCUGCCGGGAACGCCAACGUCGUCCACCCCCGGCAGGCCGUCGAGUCCAACGUCGCCUCCCUGGUGGACGGCUCCGUGCUCGACCCGUCGCUGCUCACCAGCGCCUCGGGCCGCAACAACGCCAGCCAGCCCGGCUCCGACGCCUCCUACCAGGCACGGGGCAGCCGGGGCGCCAGCCCCGAAAAGUACUCUGCUCCGCGUCGGUCCGCUCCUGGCGAGAAGCAGUCGGCCCUCUCCGCCGCAUCCCAGGACCAGGACCAGGACCAGGACCAGGACGAGGACCGCACGCGGCAUCUGCCCGAGUAUGAGCUGGACGAGCAGGGCCGCAAGGUCGUGAGCUCCCGGUCCCGCUACCGCCAGUCCCCCACGGCCUCGGAGGCCGCCAUCACCGCCGGUGCUGUGGGCGCCGCCGCGGCCGCGCUCAAGGCCGCCCAGGAGAGGAGGCGGGCCGGCACGGCGGGCGACGACGACGACGGCCGCGAAGACGGCGGGCGCCAGAACUGGGCGCCUGUCGGUGUCGAGCGCAACAAGUCGUUCAGGCAGCGCACCAUGGACGGCUACGAGCCCAGGAGCACCCCCGCCCACAGCGUCGACAGGUUCUCCUACGAGGAGACCCCCAAGCUCGGAGCGUCCGGCAUCCCCGACCUGGACGACCCGCUGCCCGAGAUCGGAUACGUCGACGACGCCAUGACGGAGCCGUCCGUCGUCCAGCACCGGCUCGACGGAGGGCACGAUGACGACGACGGCGACUACGGCCAGGACCACCGCGACUGGUCCGGCAUGCAGACCCCGACCCAGCGCAGCCUCGCCGCGCACGAGCGCGAGCUGGCCGGCGACGGAAGCUCGGGCGGCGGCCGUGGCCUCGGCAUCGAACCCGGCCAGGACCAGGACCAGGACCAGGACCAGGACGGCUGGCACCGCACCUCGGACGACCGCAAGCGAGACACGCUCCUCACCAACCCCUACGAAGACGCCAGCCCCGUCGCCAACCCCACCCUCGGCGACGACCUGCUGGGAGCCCGCGGCCUGGACGGCUCGUACGCCGAAGGCUACCGGACCGGCAGCCCCGGCGGCGCCGUGGCCCAGAAGUACGACGAGGGCUACAUAUCCAACGGACCCAACGCCCAGUCUCCCGCCAUCGCGCCCGAGCGCAAGGCCAUACUCGACUUCUCGGCCGCCCCUCCGACCAUGGACGUUGACGACCCCUUCUACGUCUCCAGGAGAGACGGGGCCGACGACAAGCGGCAGGUUAGCGGCAUGUCCCACGGCAUGGGCUCGCCCUUCUACGACGCCUCGACCGGGAACGGCAUCGACCGCAUCGAGAACAAGGAUAUCGUUGCUCUCAUGCAGCACCUCAUGGUCCGCGACGCCCAGAGGAGCGCGCGCGAUACGGAGAUCGUGGCCCUGCUGAUGAACGCCGCUCUCGAGAUGCGCAACUCGUUCCGCGAGAUGAAGGAGCUCAUCCAGGACACCGGAGACGACGUCAUAUUCUCCGGCACCGAGAAUACGGAGAGGCUCCAGAAGGCCAUCAGCGGGCCCCGACCCUACCCCGGCGCCACGGCCUCGCGCUCGAUCCAGAGCUCCCAGCAGGUCACCCUCGACGACGCGUCCAGCAAGAAGAAGAACCUCUGGAAGAGGGCCCUGGCCGGGCUCAGCACCAAGGGCACCAACGACCUCGGCCGCAUCGAAGACAUGCUCAUGCAGCUCCUGGGCGAGGUGGACGUGCUCAAGACGCAGACGGCCCACCCCGACUCGGGCGUUCCGACGCAGUCCUCGGAGCUCCUGCAGAUGCACGGCCAGGCCGAGCAGGAUCGCGGCUACGAGCCCGAGGGCGUCUCGACCGUGAGCCACGCCAGCCAAUCGGACCGCCUGUCGUCCGUCGUCGGCCCCAGCCGCAGCCAGGGCCUCAGGUCGACGGCGGGAGGAGGCGGAGGAGGAGGAGGCGACCGCAGCCUGGCAGACAACAGGGUCAGCACCGUCCAGGAGCACGAGGACGAGCACCGGUACGACCGGGAGCCGGCGAGCCCCGCGAGCGAGCGCGGCGAGCACGGCGACGCCGUCAUGUCCGGCGCGGGCAACAGCUCCGAGGCGAGGUCGCAGCGCGGCGUCUCGGUCCCGCCCGACAGCCCCUCGCAGCUCGCCUCGCCCCUGGCCUCGCCCACGCAGCAGCAGCACCAGACGCUGAGCGCCGGCAACACGCCGCGCACCGACAAGGCCAGAAAGCACAAGUCCAGCAGCUCGUCGGGCUGGAUCCCCAAGAUCUCCCGCUGGUCGGAGACGACGGCCUCGAGCGUCGGCAAAGCCUUCCGGAGCAAGAACAGGGAGUCCAAGGACGGGGAUCAGCAGGUGCCGCCGUCGCGCUCCAGCUCGAGCAUCGGCUCCUACGACCAGGCGUACGACCACAACCCGUACUACGACGGGGACGACAGGAUGAAUGCGGGGCUCGCGGAUCCCAACAUGGCGGCCCUGGCCCACGGACAGGCGAGGGGCGUCAGCCCGACGCAGGAGAAGCCCAAGUACAGGGCGCACCGCAACUCGCUGAACCUGCAGCACCCGCAGCCCCGACCCGGCCAGACGGAGCGCUUCCGGACCGCGCUGGAGACGUCGGCGCAGGAGUACAACGACCCGGCCACGCCGCGGUCGGUCGACUGGGCCGGUUCGUCGACCAGCCUCCAGGGCCUGCAGACCAGCACGAACCGGUACAGCAACGCUUCGUCGGGAGCCGGCCACGACGCCGAGUACACGGCCGCCACCUCGCCGCAGGGCCCUCCCCGCCCUCCCAAGGAGCCGAUCGAGGGCGGCUCGGUGAGCGGCAACUUCACCGGCCGUACGCCGCCGCGGGCGCGCAUCUCGAGGUUGGCAAAGGGCAGCCCCCUCUCGAGCCAGAUGUACUCGGAUGUCGGCGGAGGAGUCGGGUACGACGGACCCUCGUCCUCGCCCGGUCCCGGGCCCGCCAGCCCCAUGAGCGGCAGCAGCAGCCCCAGGCCGGAGAACCGCAAUCUCAAUGCCGCGCUGGGCGUUCCCACCCGGCGGCCGACGGGGCCGAGGGCCAUGACUCCCAAGAGCGCUGAGGAUGAGGCUGCCAGGGAAGAGAGGAAGCGCAAGAGGGACACAUUUGGCACCGUCGCCAGCAAUGAGACGGAUACCUUUUAG